AUGGGUGGCAUUUACGAACGUCUCGUUGCUUUAUGCAAAUCAACAUUACAUAAGUCGCUAGGCCGCCGACUUAUUCCAGACGAUGAACUACGAACACAACUACUGGAAUGCGCAAGCAUAAUAAAUUCUCGUCCACUUUGUUAUCAAGCCGAGGGUGAUACCCCCGUCCUCACGCCAAACGACUUCCUCGGAGUAAUGCCGAAGCAGCUCCCGUAUCCUACAGACAACGAUGACGACCCCGACUGGCUGCCCGAGAACGAUGAUUCUGCGCGCGCAGCGCUCUUAAAACGAUGGAAAGACUCAAAUUCGCGUCUUGAAAAAACGUGGAAUUAUUGGAAUAAAGCAUACGUAACUACACUGCAAGAUCGCGUCAAAAAUACACACGAUAACCCCCAUCUUUCUGUCAAGUCUUUUCCUCAACUCAAUGAGAUUGUGAUUCUGCAGGAGGAUAAAACACCCCGCCAAUCAUGGAGAUUAGGCCGCGUUUCUGAAAUUUCAAGCAACCGUCACGUGAAAAUUGCGCUGGGCGAACGAAACGGUCAAAGAAAAACCGUUGCACGCCCAAUCAAUCGGAUCUGUCCACUAGAACUUCGCGCUUUCUCAACUUGUCUAAUCUCUCUAUUAUGUCUGGUGCGUUUAACCUUGUCUUGUUCAGAUUUAGCUGUGUUGACGGGACAGGCUCAGGAUUGUCAAAUUUCGGAUGUAAUCAAAUGCCGAUAUCAACAAAGCACGCUGUUUCCGGUCACGCCAUCAACGCAAACAGUAUGUGCAGAACUCCGCGCACCAAAUAAUGAAGCCUCAACACGAUUGGUGAUCAAGCUGAAAUCCGUUAAGUACAAAUGCCAUCGAUCGACUCUCGCGUAUACUAGACAGGUGGCUGCACACGUGGUGAAAUCCGUGAAAUCCGUCCGUUGCGACCAGGCUCUAGGGUCCGAAUGUUUCUCCAACUUUUGCGAAUCCACGAAAUCGGAGACAAAAAUCCCGGCCUUUGGAGAUCAGCCGAACUCAGCACCUGGACAUACGAACUGCUUCAGAAGAUGCGGAUGUGCGUGGUGCGGUUGCGGAUUAUGCUCAGAAGGAUGUUUGUUCUACCGAUACUUCCUGGAAAGUGAUGUACCCGACAUUUUUACAGUAUUUUCAUGUCCAUCAUUUACACCUACGGUAGUAGGUGAAUUUACUCUGAAUAAUAUCACUAAGAAAUUUGUUCUUACUCCAGCCUUGCCAUAUCAUUUUUCUAACAUUACUUUAACAGUCGCAUCUCUCUCAACUGCCCCUGCUCCAAUUUUUAAUUCCAUGUUUCUUCAAAACCUUCGAUCUAAUUCUACUGCUAUAAUCCCAGAAACUGUCCGAUCUUCUCCUUCCAAUCCAUUAUCUGUAUAUCCAUGUGCAUCAGCAUCAGCUGCAAGAGACAUGUCAUGCCCAGUACGCAAGGACAUCUGUCGCUGUUCGCCUGAUUCAUAUGACCCUCAUUGUUCUUGCCAUGUCUUAGAUCUCCCUGAAAUCCUUCGUUCGGACCAUGCGCUGCCGCUCAGGCGGGGGGACCUCAUGCUCUCAGAGCACGAUGGCGAAGUGUUGGUGACCGCUUCUACUCCACUACAGCUUCAAAUACAAAUCAACGAAACUCUCGUUUUGCAAACACACCUCUCUACCUGCACUAUUGAGGACACCAACAUAAUCGGAUGCCUAGAUUGCACAGAAGGAGCCACAAUGUCAAUGAAGUGUUCUACCAAUUUUGGACCCACCACCGCCAGAUUCGAAUGCGACAGUACUAUUAUAAAGGAAAUCGAGUGUAUAACUGGGGAAAGAAUAUCAACCUCCAUCUACUCCACUACCUCCGACAUCAACGAAGAUUGUAAGGCAAUUUGCGUGGGAGGCGAAACCCAAUUCUCCCUGAAGGGCAAGUUGGCUAUAGCGCAGCCCAUUAUCCCAUCAGAUAUGGAACGGGCGGCCAAGGACCUGACGCCAGAAGUCGUCAGCGUGUGGGAAGCAUUGAAGGAUAUCUGGGGUUCUUAUAAAACAAUAUUCAUAACAGUUCUGUCUGUAGGAUUGUUUCUGAUCGCCGUCUAUCUACUCCAAUUGUUUAUCCCCCUGUUCAUGUUGGCCGGGGAGUGUCUCCGAAAUAAACAGCCCCGCCCCCAAUUGACCCCUCUGCCUUUCCGCCGUGUCCACGGCGGUCAAAGGCCUUGA